GAUGAUCAAAUUCAAAGCUGCUUCAAACCUGAAGAAGAAAAUAUCUCUUUUUCGUGCCUAGGAAUCAGUUUCGAGAAAUUUUCAGACCGAUCGAAGCUUUUGCAGAACUUGGAAUUCAGAUUCGGUUUUGAUUCGUUCAUCGUUGUCAAUUCAUCAUGAGUUUCAUCUUUGGGAAGCGAAAGACUCCUGCGGAACUCCUGCGGGAAAACAAGAGGAUGUUGGAUAAGUCUAUCAGAGAGAUAGAGAGGGAGAGGCAAGGCCUGCAAACGCAGGAAAAGAAGCUGAUUGCCGAGAUAAAAAAGACCGCCAAGCAGGGCCAGAUGGGAGCUGUUAAGGUGAUGGCGAAGGACCUAAUCAGAACCCGACACCAGAUUGAAAAGUUUUACAAACUUAAGUCACAACUCCAAGGUGUAUCUCUCAGAAUCCAGACGUUGAAAUCAACACAAGCAAUGGGAGAGGCGAUGAAAGGCGUAACGAAAGCGAUGGGACAGAUGAACAGGCAGAUGAACUUGCCGUCUCUUCAGAAGAUCAUGAUGGAGUUUGAGAGGCAAAACGAGAAGAUGGAAAUGGUCUCCGAGGUGAUGGGAGACGCAAUAGACGACGCCUUGGGAGGAGACGAGGAAGAGGAAGAGACUGAAGAGCUCGUCAGCCAGGUUCUCGACGAGAUCGGUAUCGACAUCAACCAAGAGCUGGUGAACGCACCAUCUGCAGCCGUGGCGGCGCCAGCCGCGAAGAACAAGGUGGCACAGGCAGAGCCGACAGGGAAUGAUGACGGAGGAAUAGACAAUGACCUCCAGGCGAGGUUAGACAACCUGCGGAGAAUGUGAGGCUUUUGUUUCUGCUGCUACGUUCUGUAUCAUAUUAUCAUCACAUCAUACUUUGUUUUUAUAAGUAUUAAAUUUUGUACUGAAUCAUAACAGAAUACGAACAAAUAUCAUUUAUUA